AUGAACUUAGGCGACAAGUCAACCAACGAAUUACUCUUUGUAAACUUCAACCAAGACUUUAGCUGUAUCUCCCUGGGCAGCAAGCAUGGUUACAGGAUAUACAAUUGCGAUCCCUAUAGCAAAUGUUACUCGAAACCCGAUGACGGUACGGGUAUUGUGGAAAUGUUAUUCUGUACUUCGCUUGUGGCUCUUGUAGGCGCUGGAGAACAGCCUACAUUUUCACCAAGACACUUGCAAAUUAUUAAUACCAAAAGACAAUCGACGAUAUGCGAGUUGACGUUCCCGGCAUCAAUUCUUGCAGUUAAGAUGAAUCGAAGGCGGUUGAUUGUUGUCUUGGAAGAACAGAUUUUUGUCUACGAUAUCAGUAACAUGAAGUUGCUUCAUACCAUCGAUACGAGUCCCAAUCCCGGAGCUGUCUGUGCGCUAUCACCCUCGAGUGAAAACUGCUACAUUGCUUAUCCAAGUCGGUCUUCGUCGACCUCACUGUUCACCACUACGAACAAUCAGACUCCGCAGCCGUAUUAUGCAACGGGGGACGUGGAGAUUUUCGAUGCACUGACGCUGCAGCUCGUCAAUAUCGUUCAGGCACAUAAAAGUCCGAUCAGCAACAUUGCCAUGAAUGCAGAAGGCACCUUGUUGGCUACGGCGAGUGAAAAGGGUACAGUAAUUCGAGUCUUUUCCAUCCCGGGCGCUAACAAGCUAUAUCAAUUCCGUCGAGGAUCAUACCCAGCCAAAAUCUAUUCUAUGUCAUUCAAUUUGGUGGGCUCACUAUUGUGUGUCUCGAGUGAUACGGAGACGGUUCACAUUUUCAAAUUAUCGACGGGCACCGGUGCCCCUGGCAAUGGUAAAUCAGGAGGAGGACUAGUCGGAUACGGCAAUGAUCAAAACGGCAACGAAUUACGAAGCCGAAGUUCAAGUGUUGGUCAAAUGCUCCGACGAUCCUCGCUUCACAUUGGACGAAAUAUCGCUGGUAGUGUAGGCUCAUACCUCCCAGAGAUGAUCACAGAGAUGUGGGAACCGUCAAGGGAUUUUGCAUGGCUUAAACUACCGAGUGCUGGGGUACGAAGUCUGGUUGCUUUAAGCAGUACAACACCGCAAGUGAUGGUUGUGACAUCAGAAGGUUACUUUUAUCAAUUCAAUAUUGAUCUGGAGAACGGCGGCGAGUGUGUCUUGCUCAAACAGUACAGGUAA